UGGGGAGCCCAGGGCUUUUCUUUGGGCACAGGCUUUCCGGGGCAUCUGGGGAAGUGGGUUGUAGCCCAGGGAAGCUCGUGCCCGAAUAAAGCGGUUAGCCUCGAAGGGGCCACCAGGGCUCCUGCUGGGGGAGCGCCCGGGGGCGAAGAGGCGUCCGCCCCGCGGGGGGCUGCUGUGGCCGGCCGGAAGUGACGGGCCGUCGCUCACCUGCUGGGAGUGUCGGUUGGGAGGAGGCCGCCGGGGCCCCGCCAUGGAGCUGCCGCCGCGGGCCGCGCUGCUCGGGAGCCUGCUGCUGUGCUGCGCAGGUCUAACAAAAGGCCUAAAGAUAACUUCAACUGAGCAGCUUAUGGUUGAAAAAGCUCAAGGAGAGAAAGUUACAUUGCCAUGUACAUUCACUGUCUCACCAGAAGAUCAAGGCCCACUAGAUAUUGAAUGGGUCUUAAUACCAAUAGAUAAUCAAAAGAAGGAACAAACAAUCAUUAUGUACUCUGUAGACAGGAUUUAUAAUGAUUACUAUGAAGCUAUGAGCGGACGGGUACAGUUCACUAAUCCUGAUCCCAAAUCUGGUGAUGGCUCCGUAGAUAUCCUGAAUCUAAAGUCAACAGACACAGGCACAUACCAGUGCAGAGUGAAGAAAGCUCCUGGAGUUGAAAGCCAAAAAAUACAAUUGACUGUGCUUGUAAAGCCAGCAAGGACUAAAUGCUACAUUGAAGGAUCACAAGAAACUGGAAGAGACAUUACCCUGAAAUGUGUAUCAGAAGAAGGCUCCCCACUCUUGUCCUACAGCUGGAGAAAAUUAACUGGCACAGAGGAACUUCCGGCAACAUCAUUAUUGAAUAAAGAUACAGGUGAACUGUCUCUGAAAAAUGCCUCUGAGGAGUACUCUGGUACAUACAGUUGUGUGGCUGCAAACAGAGUUGGCACUGAUGACUGUUUCGUUGUGCUAAAUGUCACUCCUCCCAUAAAUACAGCUGGCACAAUUGCUGGAGCAGUUAUUGGAACUCUUCUGGGUCUCUUUUUAUUGGCCUUUCUCAUCUUCUGUUGCUGUAAGAAACGUAAAGAGAAAAAAUAUGAAAAAGAAGUGCAUCAUGAUAUUAGAGAGGAUGUUCCUCCUCCAAAGAGUCGUACUUCAACAGCACACAGCUAUAUAGGCAGUAAUCGUUCUUCCCUGGGUUCAAUGUCUCCCUCCAAUAUGGAAGGUUACGCCAAGACUCCAUAUAAUCAAGUACCAAGUGAAGACUUUGAACGUCCUUCUGGUCAAAACUCAAACUUUCCACCAUCAAAGGUAGCUGCACCUAAUCUAAGUAGAAUGGGAGCUGUCCCUGUGAUGAUUCCAGCACAAAGCAAGGAUGGGUCCAUAGUAUAGAAUGGUGCUAAUUUAUGCUUUUUUUUUUAAAUUAUUCUUUACAAAUAUUAAAAACAAAACAAAAAACCUUGUUCCAACCUACAUUUAAAAAGUGCACAAAAUUGUCCUUGAAGAAAAUGAACAGUUAGUUUGAACAGCCAUCACUUUUGCUUAUUAAUUUUAAACUGUUGUUAAAAUAUAUUAAUUAAAAGCUUCAGCAAAAGCAUUUAAGUUCCUAAUGAGACAUGAAACAACGGAGGUAUUUGAAUUUUAGAUGAAGAAACACCAUAUCAGCUAGAUGUGGAAUUCUGAAUAUGAAACACAACAUUGUGUAUUUUUGACAGUGAAAAGACAUUGCAACUGUACUCCAUGAAAUUAGAUUUCCAGAGACUUCACCCUCAAAAUUUGGAAUGAUUUAAAUAUUUUGACUCCUUUGGCCAUUCUGUGAUGAUGGCUACAGUGGCUGAAGUACUUGAAUGACCUAAAUAUUUUACUGAAAGUCUGUGGAAAUCUUUACCUUUCGUAAUGUGCUUUUUGGGGCAUCUUCUGAAUUGCUGAGAACUCGUAUACCAUGGGCUACCAGUUGCAAUUACUUGAACCCGAUCAACUAAUAAACUUGAUUUUGGGAUUAAGUGCAACAAGUGGAAAUGCUACAGGAGAUCUUGCAAGCUUUAUGAAAGCCCAAUUUUAAGAGAAGCUCAUUUUAUUAUAGUCAUGCCAAGCAACCCAAGACUGUUCACUGGCAUUAAAGGGGCAUGAUCAAGUUUAUACCAACUUGUUACUCAUGGAACCUAGUCUUCCAAAACUUCAGAUCAGCUGUUGUUUUCCCAUGAAAAAUGGAUAUGUGUUUGUGGACAAAUAGUUAAAUUAUGCAGGACAGAUAUUUAUCUGUCUUAAGAUUUUCAGAACCUUGCUUUAGUUUUCUAAAUCUCACUUUAAGUUUCUAAAUCCAUAUUUUGAUUCCAAAGAGGCACACAAACUCCAUCUGGAUUUAAUGGGAAAUGAGUGCUCAUCAGUUCGUAAAAUCUGCCCACUUAUUUUGGAAACUUAUUUUUGACCCUAGUGUAUAUAUACACAAUACAACUUUAAUCUGCUAUUUUAGGACAUUCUGUAAACAGGUUUUGUACAAAGAAUUUGUAAAAGGGGUAAAAGAGCUUGGUCCUCGGUGUCCCCAUUAAAAACAAACCAACCUCUAAAUAUUGGUACCAAACACUUAAUUACAUUUACUUUCUCAUAACAAAAAUAGAAUUUCAAAUAAUUUCUCCUCUUCAUGCACUGUGGUUAUCCAAAAUUGUAGAUAUAGAACUAAAAUUCAUUUUUUUGUUUUUUUAAAAAAAAAAAAACCUUUCACAAUUUACAAACUUUAAAAAAAAAAAAAGCUUUUGAGUGCGAUUUCUGUACUAGUCUCAGACUUAUUAAAGUACGGUUGAUAUCUAGUGAUAGCUAUUGGGUUGUUGUGGAUAGUAUAUUUGAAUUUUGCAUCAUUUUGAGUCUUUGAAAGUAAUUUUUUUCAAAACAAAGAAUUUUGUAAAUUUAAAAUGUCACUAGUGGAUACUAAACUGCCAAAUAUUUUUCAAACUGAAAAGGAAGAUCUUAUUUAAGGUAAAUGUCCGAACUACCUGUGUGAAAGAUACUAGGUAUAUCUGUAUUACAAUGAUGUGAGACAAAAGGUUUUCUCAAGAGUUUAGGGAAGCUUUAGGCUAUAGUGUCUUUUUUUUUUUCUAUAGCUGAUUAGGCCUGUGAAAUUAUUCAGCUUGCUCUUAGAUGUUUGUCCUAGUUAUAGGUAGAUACAUAAUUUUUGAUCUGGAUUAUUACGUAGAGUAUAUAAACCCUUUUCAUUCUGAAUUUAGAGAAUGAAGUAGAUAUUAAGUAUUUUAGAUAUGUAUAAAACUUUCCACAUUUUGGGACAUCUUUUUUUAGAUUGUAAUCAGAUACUGUUAGAACUAAGAUACUUUUAUCUUUCAUAUGUGCCUUUCCAAUAAACUUUUAUGCCUGAUUGUAA